AAGCUAUUCAAAGAAUUUCUGUGUCCAUUUCACUCCAAAAUGAAAAUUAAUUUACCAUGACUGAGACCAAAGAACGUUUGUGCCGUAUUUUUGUUGAUUUCCUUCGAUUCCGAAAUUGUGUGACAUUAGUAUUGUCAAUAUGAGCACAAAAUGAACUAAUGAUUCGGAUUUUUAUAUUAGACAUCAUAGUGUGGAUGUGAGUAUGUGAAAGUAGAAAACAUUCACACCCUAGUCCAACGUUCUGUCUAUCGUUUAAUGGUUCAAUAUAGUACAACUUCAGAAAAAAGAACUUUCAAUAUUGGCUAUUCAAUUUCCAUAUGUUAACUAUUUCAAAUUAUUAUUUCUGGUAAAUAAUAUUUUAUAUCUUCAUUGUUUAAAAAAUUUAUUCAGUAGAAAUGAGACCAUUAAAAAAGAAUAUUGUUUUUGAUCUGAAUUCAUCAAUUUUUCAACUGAAAUACAUUAUUAUCAAUAGGAUUCAACAUUCAAUGAUCAGUUUUUUGAAAAAAAGAUUAUUCAACAUACUGAUUUGAAAUAUCAUCGAUAUUAUUUUUAUGUUUAUUAUUCCUUUUUAGGAAUAUCAAUUUGGUUUCGAAUUAUUUCUGUUGUAUCUAAAGUGGAAGAAAAAAUUUUUAAGGCACAUUUUGUAUUUUGUUGAACGGGCUACAUUUUAGUAUAAAUAUUUUUGAAAAACUAUUGGUUCUAAUAAUUAAAUAUUAAUUAUUAUUAAUUAACAGUUAUAGAAAAAUACAGCUUUACCAUUUUAUAUUUAUAUAUCAAUAUCAUCUUCAUUUAGACGAGAAUUGAAAAGACAUUUUGUCAAAUUUUAUGCUUUUAUUAUAAGAAAAUAAAUAAGAAAUGAACAAGAUGAAUCUGUUCGAAUAAUAACUAUAUGUCAUUAAUUUUUAAUUCCUGUUAAUAAUUUUUUUUAGUAGCUAUAAGCUAUCAACUUUUCAAAAUAAACAACUCAAAUCACUGAAAAACGUUCGUUCUUUCAUACUUAAUGAAAGAGAAUAUAAAUUUUUCGAUAAAUCAAAUUUGAUUGUCUUAUCCUAAAUGAAAAUGUCUUUAGCUUUUUUUAUUCAAUGAGAAUUUUCGUAUCUUUUCAUUUAUGUACGUACAACAGAUUUAACAAACUAGAAAUUUUCAAGUUACCCUGAGAAUAUUUUUGUCUCAAUUGAAUUUAAUUUAUGCAGAUAUUUACGGAUCAGAAAUUGAUCUGGGCACAUGCUUUACUCUUCCAAAUAAUAAAGAAUAUUAGGUUAAGCUUGCUUAGCAAUGGAGUUAUAUGUAUUUAUUAAGUGGCUAUGACAUGUAGAAUAUCCUCUAUAGUAAAUAAUGUUGACUGUUUAGUAAAUAUCAAAUAUUUUAGUGUUCUUUUUUAGUGCCGUUUUACUAAUUUAGUAUAUUUUUCUCGAUAUUUAAAAUAUCUUGUCUAUUAUUCUAUUUCGAAAGAAUAGACAUGUUUAAAGAACAAGAGCGUAUCAUUACAGAAGUUGUGCAUGAUUUAUGUACAUUUAAUCCAUUAUUAUCAUCAGAGAGUACUUGUUUACCACAUGAUUGUUACAUGAUAUUUGUUGGUCGUUUAACAAAUUGUGAACAUUUACAAAAGCUGACAAGAACUAAUGAUUCAACUGAAAAUUUCAAACAGUAUGCAGGAGCAACAAAAUCAUCAUUUACAAUGAUGGAAACAGAAGAAAUGGAAUUUUUUUGAAAUAUAUUACUUUUGAAAAUGAUAUUAAUACUGAAAAUAUUAUUAAUGAUCGUCAAAAUUAUUUUGUUUAUGAAGAUCAUGUUAAUCUUUUUUUAUUGAUUUGGUCAAAAAAAAAAUCAUCUUAUCAAAAAUUAAAACAAAUUUGUCGUUUCUAUGAAAUAAAAGAAGGAGUUAACGUUGAUAAUAUAAUAGUUGAACAUAAAAGAAGAACUACAUUAUCAACACUUUGUUUUACUAAAAAAGAUUUAUCAAUUGAUGAUGCUCAAGUAGUAGCAUUAGCUUUAUUAUUUUAUACAGGUACAAGAAGUGAAGCAGUUAGUCGUGGUGCUAGUCUUGUUGCUCGUCAAACUAAUAGACAAGUUCUUGAAAAAAAAACAAAAGAUGAAAUGAAUGAAGCUGCUGUUAUACUUUUUUAUUUAGUAAAAGCUCUUUCAUAG